AGAGAGGCUGGCAGCCUGGGAGGUACAGCGGGCAGCCGGAGCUCCGGCAGCGACAGCCAGGGAGGUUGGGGCGGAGACGCGCUCUGGGUGUGACUUUUCUGCCCACUGACGGUGUCACCGAGACUGCUUUCAGGUCCUGCUCUGGGUCUUGGUGUAGCUGGAGGAGUUGGUGGAGGGAUUUUUGUUGUCCUUGCUAUCCUGACUGCUACAACGUGAACCACCGGGUGUCGGCAACCAACAAGUUUCAUUCCUCAGUUUCUCCUUUAGUUAAAGAGUUACUUCUGCUGCCCUCUCCGCCGUGUGUCCGCGGAGCUAGGGACACCAGGUUAAAGAUGCACCAAGGAGGCUGUUGCUCAAGGAUGUGAUGAGCAUGGAGAUACUGUGUCUAAGACUGGUCCAGAGAAGGUUCACUGAAGGAAUUCUGCUGAAGGCCCAUACAAGGUGUGCAGCAUCCUCCUGAGACCUGUUCAUGCCACAGACCACUGCUACUUCAAGGGACCUUGCUCUCACGAUUUUGAUGUCAUCUGCAUAAAAUUUUUGUGGAGCCCAGACAAGACUUUUACCACCAAAUAAGAUACUAUUUAAUUUUGCAUCCUAUAAUCAUCCUGGCUGUAGUCUCAGCUGUUUUUCACUGAGACUCCCAAGCUACAUUUGUUACAAUUGUUCCUUUUUUGUAUGCUGUGCUCCAAAAUGAUUGACUUAAGUUUCCUGACAGAUGAGGAACAAGAUGCCAUCUUAAAGGUUCUGCAGAGGGAUGCUGCCCUGAAGAAGGCUGAAGAGGAGAGGGUCAGACAUUUGCCUGAAAAAAUUAAGGAUGACCAACAACUAAAGAAUAUGAGUGGCCAAUGGUUUUAUGAAGCUAAAGCAAAAAGACACAGGGACAAAAUCCAUGGUGCUGACAUCAUCAGAGCAUCCAUGAGAAGGAAGAGGCUCCCAGCGGCAGCUGAGCAGAAUAAGGACAUGGCGAUGAGGGCAAAGGAGAGCUGGGUGAAUAGUGUCAACAAAGAUGCUUUCCUUCCUGCAGAGCUAGCUGUUGUGGAAGAGCCAGAAGACGAGACAGGUCCAGCAGGCCCAAGUUCCACUGUGGUGAAUCCAGAUUCCAGUGUGAUUGAUAUGUCCCAGGAAAAUACGAAGACUCCAACUAUGUCUCUGCCCAAGCAAAGGAAGAAUCCAUUUAACAGCCCCAAGCUGCCAGAAGAUCACUCAUCGCAACAAACCAAAACCGAGCAGUCAAAAACUGGAAAAGCUGGUUUAUUUCAGAUUUCAAAAGAGGGUGAAUUGUCAGAAUCAAAAGAAAAGCCAUCUAUCCCAGAUAUGUCAUGCCAAAAAUUACAGAGACCAAAGCAACCUGUAUCCAUGGAGCCUGAAAAUGCAUCUCAUACCAAAGCUCCAGUUCCCAAAGCCAGAAAACUGAUCUACAAGUCAAAUGGCUUAAAGAAAGUUGAUGACCAGUCUUUUCCUGGACAAAGGAGGGACUCCCUGAAUGCUAGAGGGGCUCCAAGAGGAAUCCUAAAGCGCAACUCCAGCUCCAGUAGCACAGACUCAGAGACUCUCCGAUUAAAUUCCAACCUUGAUCCAAAAAGCAAAAUCAUAUCACCUGGUCUAACCAUCCACGAGAGAAUUUCUGAAAAGGAACAUUCUUUAGAAGAUGACUCUUCCACAAACUCACUGGAGCCAUUAAAGCAUGUGAGAUUCUCUGCAGUGAAGGAUGAACUUCCCCAGAGUCCUAGACCUGUCCUUGGCCAGGAAGUAGGAGAGUUUACUGUUUUAGAAUCUGACAGGUUGCAAAAUGGAACUGAAGAUGCAGGGGGCAUAGAUGACUUUCAGGAUCACCCAGAACUCUCCCACAAAAAUACUUUGUUUUAUCAGUCAGUGUCAAGCCCAAGCAUUUCAGAAAGGGAAACAGCACAGCCGAUAUCUUCUGGGUCUGUCCCAAGAGAUGAGAUUCCUUGUCAUUCAGACACUCUACCCACAAGACCUCAGUGUGUUGACAGUUCAUCCAUCAUCAACGAACAAGAUAAAUCAUCACAUUUUACAAAGCUUCCGUCAGAAUUGUCCAAAAACCCUGCAGAUGAACUGACACACUGUGUUGAGCCUGAGCCAUCACAGACAUCAGACCAGAGUUUUAGAGACCAUCAGCAAGGUAAGCCCCUUCUCAUGGCUGUCACUGAUCAGACAUCCUCACACGUGGGUCCAUGUGCUACAGAGAUAAGGAAGACAACUGACGAUUCCAUAUCUAAAGUCCUAGACUGGUUUAACCGAAGUUCUUAUACAGAGGACAGUAUGUCAUCUCUCCAACAUCUCCAAGGAAUAGAUCUCAGACAACAGACAGACUCAAAAGCACAGAUUAGCCAUGCCUUGAUGGCAGAUAACACCUGUCUGAAAGAAGAUGACUCAAAGGUCCCAAUGUCCACUAAAAUGAAGUUGAAGCCUAUGAGGACUGACUCGGCAGUCCAAGAAGAGGGAGAUAUGCUGGUUUUUGAAACUUGCCAAGACAGUGAUGAACGUCUCAAGUCUAACUCUGAGAAUUUGUCCCAACAAGGCACUCUCAAGGAAGGUCCAGAUACACUGCAACAAUUUGAAAGCUACAGAUUCCCAAGUCACAGGAAUGAAAUCAUGAAUGAUAGCCAAGGUUCAGAGAGUACAGGAGGAGGAGUUGGGACCCUUCCUGUAGACAGUGACUACCUGCUCAGGGCUCUGAAAAGAUCUGAUUCAGAAUCCCAAGUCCUGUGGAGCGCUAAGCAUCCUGGCAGCUUAGAUAAAGAGGAAACUAAAUUCCAUGCGCCUCAAAAAAGUAAAGGGAGCACACAUCUAAAUGCUGACUCUUCAGUAAUUGUCCUAGGUUCUAUUUUAAAAGAUGAUGCAGAGAGGCAAAGCAAAACCAGAAGUACUUCCCUCCUAAAACCUUCCCUAGAAAAAGAGAAUAGUACAUUGUCCCUUGGAGCUGCCAACAGUAGAUCUUGGAAGAAGCCUGAGGAUCAAGAAGAAGCCAGUGAAGAUCCCAAGAACCAAGUGCUGAGAGAGAAAUACAAGCGAGUGAGUGACAGAAUAUCUUUUUGGGAAGGAGGCAAAGCUGGUGCUAAAAUAAGGGCACCACAACUUACAUCUUGCAGUCAGGAGCCAUCUUCUGCUAAAGCACACCAGCCCAUGAAGUCACAGGUCAUGUCCCUGGGCAGUUUAUCUUCAGGCCAGAGUGAAUAUAGUCAAGUCACAGCUAAACUUGUGGUCUUUGAAGGAGAUGACCAAACACUCCAUCUCUCCUGUUCUUAUUCCUCAAAUAAAUCUGAAACAACCACAUCCCCAAUAUCAGGUCUAUCCAAAAACCAUCCUUCAGAUCCUUCAGGUAACCAGUCCAAUAAAGUAACUCUACUUCAAUCUAUGGGGAAUGAAAUGCAUCCUUCUUUGGAGAAAGACAGAUUUGUGAUUGAUGAUAUAUCAAAGGGCAACUUCCAAGUUUUUUCCCUAAGAGAAAGAAUAAAUGAACCCAAUACAGAACAAGUCUAUAAUCACUCCCAAUUUGAGAAUCUGAGAAAGUUUUGGGGUCUGGGAGCGAAUGGAAACAGUAAACACAAUAAUGGAAAUAAUACUGCAACAAACAAACAAACUUCUGGGCCAUUGAACAGUCAGAAAUCCAAGGAGUUUGAUGCCAUGAAAUUAUCAAGAGAAAAGACCCAUGAAGUAGAAGGAAGACAUUUAAGGCAGGGAAAUCUUGUAGCUGCAGAUGAGAUGGAGAAACUAAACUUUAAGUGCAUGCUUCAAACACCAGCAGAUGAAACCAUAUUUUCAAAAAAAUCACCCCAAAAGUUCACUUAUCAUUUGGAAGGAAAUGGGCCUUCAAAGGAAAGUGUAGGUAAAACUAAGGAGCACUUUGUUACUCCGGUGGUUAAAGAGGCUUGCUCAGGUCAAGAGGCUCAAGAACCCACAGUGAAAGCAAGCAUCCUGCCGAAAGUCUCUAAAGACACAUUCAAUGACACAUUACAGAAGUUGCUGGCAGAAGUGACAUCACCAGCAAGCCAGACUUCUAGCAAGAAAGUUUAUGAACAGCAAGAACUCAAAGUAGGUGUUUCUGAAAAUAGGGCAUGGCCUCAAAAGAAAAGUUUUGCCAAGGAUGAGGAAGAAGUCACAGGGUUCAGGAAGAGCCCCCAAGAGCCCCAAAGAAGAAAUCAACAGAACUGUAGUGUAGACAAACUCCAGAAAGAAGCAACUAGAACUUCAUUGACUCCCUUGCAGUCCCCUCAGGAACCUGUUACUACUAGACCUGUCUCUCCACCUAAAGAUGACCUAUUGUUUGAAAAGUGGAUAAAAGAGAAUCACAGUCCUUCAGCAGAUCAGAGAGAGAUAACAGCUCCUUUCCCACAGGGUGUUGAAACUUUGGCAGGUACAGAUCUCACCUCAACGGCCAAACAUUGUAACACAGAAGGUAUGAUUCAGCUGGUUGCAGAAGAGUCUCCUCCAUUGGCUCAGUCUUCCCGUUCUUUUGAGGGAGUUUCCAGUUCUCCAGCAGAUAUGUCUUUAUCUUGGGAUGCUCAUCUUCGAUCCCAGGAUGGGAAGUUACCUUCUCAGAGGGAAAUUUCAGAGGCUAUAGAGAAAGUUGUUCUUCCUUCCAAACCAGCAAUGACUGAUGUAAAUGCUGUGCUACAGAAGCUACUUAGAGAAGCUGGAGAUGUGGACAGCAAACUCCCUGAAAGAGAGCAAACAGCAGAUAGACCCUCAAGUCCUCAGAGAGUGAGUCCCGUAUGGGCUGCUCCAGUCCCUGCUGUUCCAAAUAAGGACUCUCAUUCCUUUUGCAUGGUACCUGAUACAACUCAUGAAGGUAGAUCUCACUUAUCUGACAGAAUGUCACCAUCAGCACAUGCCACUAUGUCACUCACUUCUACUGUAACUCAGUAUGGCCAGGAGCAACUUCAGGAUGUGGCAGAAACAGUGAGGGAAACAGUUAUUCAGCCCAAGUCAGAGUGCCCUGAAUUCAGGGAUGGCUUGGAAAAACUACUGAAGGAAACACUACAAACUUCCCUGUCAAAAUGUGAAGAGGAUACAGUGACUAUUUCUCCAUCAGCCUUAACAGGUAGUUGUGAGAUGUCCCAUCAACUUGCUUCUGAACUCCAUCCUACAGAAAUACAAGAAACUGUAGAGAAGGCUGAGGCUCCAUCAGUAACUGAGAGUAGUUUUGAUGUUGGUCUUGAGAAACUUCUUAAAGAGAUCUCUGAAGGGCCUUGUCAGCUGCAGGUGUCAGAGAAAAGAGACACUUUGGAGAAGCAGCCAUCACAGGCAGAGCAAGCGGGGCUCAUGGGGGAAAUAACCCAUCUCUUUUUGGAUGGCUCAGGAGCCUCUAAAAUGAAGGUUGCAUGUAGUGCUUUGGAAUCUCAAAUCAGCCAGUGUGAUAAACAGUUAGGAAGAGAUAAAGCUGUGACUGGUCCAUUGACAGAUGUCCAGGGUUACACAAGUGGGUUUGGGCUCCCUGAAUGCUCACAACUCUAUGAAGACCAUAAAAUAGAAACCAUUGAAACUGUUCCACUUGUAGAGGACGGAGGCAGAGAGAAGGUUAUUGCAGGAGGAACAUGGGCUCCGCAGAAUCCAGGCUUUGAAGAAGCUCCUAAAGAAAUGAGGGUGUCCAGAAAUAAGUACUCCAUUGUUUUCCUGGAAACAAAAGGAAAGGCUACAGAAGCGAGUGAAGUUAAAUUGGUACUAGCAACACCAUAUAAGAGACGAGAGAAAAAGCAAGGACCAGACGCAUGCUCUGAAUCUGAGUUUUCAGACGGGAAUGCCAGCUCUAACAGGGAGAGCUGGAGAAAUACCUCCAGUUCAGAAGAAGAGCACAGCCCUGUUUUGAAAACUUUGGAAAGGAAAGCUGCUAGGAAAGUGCCUUCCAAAAGUCUAGAAGACAUUCCAUCAGACUCAUCAAAUCAAGCAAAAGUAGAUUAUCUGCCUGAAGAAUUAGUACGUAGUGCUGAAGAUGAUCAAAAAGCAGACCAGGAACCAGAUACAAAUGAAUGUAUACCAGGAAUUUCCACAGUGCCUGCACUGCCUGAUAAUCAGUUUUCCCACCCUGACAAACUCAAAAGGAUGAGCAAGUCUGUGCCAGCAUUUCUUCAAGAUGAGAACGAUGACAGAGAAACAGACACAGCAUCAGAGAGCAGCUACCAGCUCAGGAGAUACAAGAAGAGCCCCAGCUCAUUAACCAAUCUUAGCAGCUCCUCUGGCAUGACGUCCUUGUCCUCUGCGAGUGGCAGUGUGAUGAGCAUUUACAGUGGAGACUUUGGCAACCUAGAAGUGAAAGGAAGCGUGCAAUUUGCAAUCGACUAUGUGGAGUCCCUGAAAGAGCUGCAUGUGUUUGUGGCCCAGUGUAAGGACUUAGCAGCAGCAGAUGUUAAGAAACAGCGCUCAGACCCAUAUGUAAAGACCUAUCUGCUACCAGACAAAGGCAAAAUGGGCAAGAAGAAGACACUUGUAGUGAAGAAGACCUUGAAUCCUGUAUACAACGAGAUUUUGCGGUAUAAAAUUGAAAGGCAAUUCUUAAAGACGCAGAAGUUGAACCUGUCUGUUUGGCAUCGGGAUACAUUUAAGCGGAACAGCUUCCUGGGGGAGGUGGAGCUCGACCUGGAAUCAUGGGAUUGGGACAACAAGCAGAACAAACAGCUGAAGUGGUACCCGCUGAAGAGGAAGACAGCACCAGUUGCCCUUGAGACAGAAAACAGAGGUGAAAUGAAGCUAGCUCUCCAGUAUGUUCCAGAGCCAAGCCCUGGCAAAAAGGUUCCUACAACUGGAGAAGUCCACAUCUGGGUGAAGGAAUGCCUUGACCUCCCACUGCUAAGGGGGAGUCACCUAAAUUCUUUUGUUAAGUGUACCAUCCUUCCAGAUACCAGUAGGAAAAGUCGCCAGAAGACAAGAGCUGUAGGAAAAACCACCAACCCUGUCUUCAACCAUACCAUGGUAUAUGAUGGGUUCAGGCCUGAAGAUCUGAUGGAAGCCUGUGUAGAACUCACAGUCUGGGACCAUUAUAAACUAACCAACCAGUUUCUGGGAGGUCUCCGGAUUGGCUUUGGAACAGGAAAAAGCUAUGGGACUGAAGUGGAUUGGAUGGAUUCGACUUCUGAGGAAGUUGCCCUCUGGGAGAAGAUGGUAAAUGCUCCCAACACUUGGGUGGAAGCCGUGCUGCCCCUCAGGAUGCUUCUGAUUGCCAAGAUUUCCAAGUAAUCCUCGUCAGCCGAUCCCGCCAUCAAAAACUCCUCCCCAGGGGGAUCUGAACUUGAGAUAUGACUUCAUGGACAAAUAUCCUCCCCCUUUGUCACUAAUGACUACCAUAAAGCACGCCCAACUUAAUCUGCAUGCAUUUCUUUGGCUACGUGACUCAAGGGAGUUAAACUAUGACAAGAUGUACAGCCCAGAAAAAUUGUGGUGUGAUGCAGACAUUCAAGGAGACAGCUGAGCAAGCUAGGAAAACUGAGCUGUUGCUUCCACACCGAAGAAAAAGUUAGCUUUAUGUGUUUCGUACCACAAUCUAUGUUGCAGUUCAGGCCUGCCAUUUGGUUAUUAAAUGCUUGCUGGGCCUGUAAAUAGGAGGGUUAUGGGCAAAGCGACGACGAGGAUACUCCUGGGAUGAGGCAGAGAGAGGAAGGACAGCGGUGAUGACAACGACCUACAUAAUAUGACGACGAUUUUCUUAGUAACCUUUAAUGAAACAUUGAAUUCCAUCUUAGGGCAGUAAGACUGACUUCACUGCUCGUAAAUCUGCCUUGAGAAACCACACACACACCCCGGACUCCUGUAACCUCACCUUCUCAAUCUCAAAUGGACUUUGGUGCCACCUACUGGCUGCAUAUGGAAUUCAGCUCUUGGCUUAUUUUGGCUUAAUUUUUGCUAAAAUGGGUGGCAAGUCUGUAUUUUAUAAGACUAUGCUAAAAUAUUGCAUAUAAUUGAUGGUUUUUCUUAUAAUUUAACUAUACGAAAACAGCAUAAAGAGUAGUCACAGAUAUGCUUUGCUACAAAGUUUUAAUCAGAAUAUAAAUUGCUCAACUGUAAUGUACUUCCUAUGUAUAAUUUUCAUAAGGUAUUUUGUAAAAACCCUUAGAAUAAAUUAUCGUGAUUUAAAUUG